CGUGAUACUCAUCAAUUGAGAGUUACCAUAUCUGUUAUCGUAACCAGGACUUUCUCCUAGGUUAACAGAUGAUCACCGCCAUCCACCCAAUCAAGUACCCUUAACUUCCAAAUCUCUCUAUCUCUACACAGACACCACAAAACAUCGUACAUAUGCUGCAAUAGCUGAUUAUAUAUAUUACUAUUUUAGAGAGAGAGGGCGGAGACCGAAACAAAAAGGCCAUGAUGGAAACCUCACCGAUCACCAUAGCUCCUGUGCUUCUUAGGAACCUCCUAACCUCUAUAUUUUUCUAUGCCGAUAAACCCCUUCUCAGUUUAGCAGAGAAAUACAAACUCCUCCAAUUCCUCCGCCAUCUCCUCAUCUCCACCUUCCUCUUCUUCCUUCGUCUUCUACCUUCUCUCUUUCCUGGCUUGCACCCGUACCCAUCCUCAGAUCAUCAUCAUCAUCAUCAAAAUUACCCUUUUACCCCUUCCGAAACUGAUCAUAAUUACGUUCCCACCACCACCGGAGGUGGCGGUGCAGGCGGAAGCUGCGGCGGCUCAGGUAUCGCUCGAGCACUUUCUCAACUCUUGUUGAUUGUCAAUGACAUCCCCGUCAGUUCUCGUAAAUAUGAAGUUGUUCGAUCGUUAGCUGAGACGCUUAUUGAUGAGAACCUCCAGGAGGGUUUUGAAGCCCUCCUCGAAGUGAACCGGACGGUCCUCUCCGCGGCUUUUUCGAGAACGCUUGGUCAGCUUGAAGCCACCGCGAUCGACCAAGAGCGUCACCGCCACCGUGGUAAUAGUGGUGGUGGUGAAUCUGGUGAUCAUGGGACCGAUUACAGGUUGAACCGGGUUCUAAGGGCGGUUCGGUAUUGCGGUGAUGUGGUGUGGACCGGGUUUGGGAAGUCAAGGAUGGAGGGGCUUAACCGGUCGGGGAGUUCGGCUGAGAAGCUUGCGGCGGAGGUGCUUUGGCUGGCUCAGAAGCUGUCGGCUUGUGGGAGUGUUGAGGAGGCCGUGGGUAGGUGGGCUUCGGCUUCCAACUUGGCUUGGCUGGCUCUCUCGGCUGAGCCACGGCUGCAAGGAUCUCUUGUUAAGGUCUCAGCAUUCUUAUUCAAGCAAGUCAAAGACAUGGGAGGAGAGGAAGUUGAAGAAGAAGCGAAAGAGCAACAAAGGCAAACAAAGAUGAAGAUGCUUAUGUCUUGGCUGCCCUUACUAUGCAGAGCAAGCAACGGCGUUGAAGCUCCGGUUCUGAGCAUUGCGGAGAGAAACGAGCUCGAAAAAAUACUGGAAGAGACGAUCGAGACACUGAAACAAGAAGAGGAGCAAGAGAAGGUACUGUCUCUGUGGCUCCACCACUUCACCUACUGCCCCUCCUCCGACUGGCCCAACCUCCACGCUUGCUAUGCUCGCUGGUGCACCGCUUCUCGCAAGCUCUUGCUCCGCCAAUGAAUAUAUAUAUAUAUAUAUAUAUAGAGUACUCAUCACUGUUGGUUUAUUUGGAAAGAUCCUAUUUCUGGUAAGGACAAGUUAUGCUCAAUUGUUGAUUAGAAGGGAGGAUUAUGGAGCAAUAUAUAUAAUAUUUGUAGGCCUAGCUAUCAAAAUGGUUUAUUCAUUUUGUACUUAUAGCAUUAUUUUGAAAAAGAGACAUCUAUUAUGUUAAUAUUUGACUGGAUUAGUUUUGAAAAUGUGCAGAAAA